GCGCCCCUCGGCAUCUCAACUACCUCGUGAUGCCUCCCCCACCCCCGAUCUAUAAACCAGCCGCUCGCCACUCCUCCCGUAUGCUCACCUCGACGUCCACGAUCUGCUUCUCCCCCGCGCCCCUCGGCAAGCUCGCAGUCCAGGAUCCGCCUCUCGCGCGCCCCCGCCGACGCACACAGCUCGCAGACGGCGCCCCCCAUAUCCACUUCUUGCUGGCCGCUCAGAUCCUCUGUAUCCCUCCUCUUGCUGCAGAUGAUAUGCUAGAGCGUCAGCAAGGCGGACUCUCCAUCCCUCCAGAGAGGGAGGGAGGCAGCAGCCAAUGCCCAGCACGUACCAAUCUGCGUGACAGGAGGUGUCCGGACUGCGUACCCACGGGCGAGCAGGAUUUUGACGAUCCACGACCCGAUGAAGUCGCCGGCGUCGGUGACGCACAAGGCGGCGGUGGCCAUCGUGCGCUGACGCCCAGUCCCUUCUUCCUCUCGGGGCGGUGGUGCCGCCAGGCGAAUGGAUUCGUCCGAGAGCGAGCAAAUAGGGGUAAGCAUUUAUCAAGCGGAAGUGGGAAGAAAUGGUACAGUGUAGUGGAGGAAAUGACACAGGACACAAGCGGAAGCUGGCAUCUCAAGGCGGUCGCACUCGCACAUUCUAUUCUUGCGUAGUGCAGCUCCGAAGUCGCUGCUACCAGGUGCCCCCGUGCCUAUCAAGUAUCAACACUGCUUAUCAACGGGCUAUACCCUUGUAUGGUGGACAUUCACGAAGAGCAAGGUAGGGUUGUUGAAACAAGGAUAGGAUUUUCAUGGCAUGAUUACUACUGCAAGAAGGAUGAAAUACUUUGGUUACAAAUGUGUAGCUCCAGCACCGUUGCUGUUCUGGUCUCGACCGUGGAGAUGGAACUAUGAUUAAAAGAAAAGAGAACACUACGGAAGGAACCUACUGAUGCUCAGUGUACUGCGACUUUCCCACGAUGCUCAUGAUGUCGAAGUCUGCAGUUGCUAGACUGGCCCGAGUAAUUGCUAAGUUUUGUAGAAAAUGUUUAGGCCCAUUUUUGAACGCAUGAAUUUCGUAUAGACUGUAUUUCACACGAAAUACACAGGAACAAACAUUUUUCCUGCCUUCCAAACAGGCUGUUAGGAUUAGUUGAAGUUCCAGUUUGAUCAUAGGCACCUAGGUCGAUGCUCUUUAGUAAGAUGUAAGUAAUCUGUCUUCUGGCCAGGUUGAGCAAGGCUUAGCUGCAGUGUAUCAGUGUGGUACAACUGAUGUAUUUAUACUGUACAACCUAAUGAGACUGUAUGGAUUAGAGCUAUAAGAACCUGCACAGAUAUUUCACAAUAAACUCUUAGGUUAUAUAUU